CAAUAUGGCGACAGGAUCGAAGAUUGAACUUUUUAGGAUAGCUGUAUAUGUUUUCUUUCCAGUAGCAGUAUUUUACUACUUCAAUCUACCGGAAAUAUAUGAUGAUUUUAUUUCUAAUAAAAAGCAACAAGUUUAUCCACCAGAUGAAGAGACGUCUAAACCUCCAACAACAAUAGAAGAUCUUAAAGCUGCCAGGGAAAUUAUGCUUGAAAGAAAAAGAAAACAAAAGUCUGAAAGCUAAUGCAUAUGGUAUAAUUGUAAUAUGGGGGAAAAAACAAGAAUUUUCUUUUAGGUUCUCUGAAACUAUCACCUUAUAAUAUUGAAUGUGUAAAUAGAUAUUUACAUGCGCAAGUAUAUUUUUUUUAUUCUUAAUUUUCUGUGAACACUUUCUUGUUGACUGCUGGUACUGAUGCCUUACUGCUACUUCAAGAUUUGUAAAAAUAAUGUAAUUUAUUGCUCUGAUUCACUAAUUUGUAAAUAUUGUAUAACACACCAGUGAUCCUACCCAAGGAUGCAUUGCUAGUAUAUUCGUGAAUAUCUUUCAUAGUUAAAUUUCAAGUGAUUGUUACCCAUAGUACACAAUUAAAUCACAAAGAAAAUUCUUUUAUUAUCUUUGAUAUUGAAAUAUUUAUUCUGCUAUGAAAUGUAUGGAUUCUUAAAUAUAAUAAUUUUUGUGAUUUUAGUAUAUGUAUUGAAGGUCUAAAUAUUUCACCCUUAUGACAUUUUUGGUAAUCAACAUUUGAUUAAUUCCUAAAGACUCUUUAUGGUUAUGGUAUUUCAAUAUAAUGAAAGAGUAGAAGAAAAUAGAGWUGAGGAAUAGAGAUAUCUGUAGAGGAUGCUAUAUGCCAUCAUGUUCUUUAUUAUUGAACUAAAGGUUUCUUUUCACUUG